AUGGACUUGACUGACAAGAUUUUUUUGCUAGGCAAUGACUGGUUCAAAAGAGUGACAGCCUGGAUAUAUUAUAAUGAACAAAGGUUGAUUCUCAAACAUACAGAAAAAGUAAUUAAGGUAUCUAUCUCCAAUUAUGUCAUAAAGAGAGUGCUAGCAGAUAAGAUAAACAUCGCAGAAGAAUUGGAUAAUAAUAUUAACAAAGAGGAAAAAACAGAUUGCAUCUUGGAUAAGAUUAUAUAUGAGAAAGUAGAAGUAGAUGAAAAGGAAAAAUACUUCAUAAAAGAGAUUGUAAGUGAUUUAGAAUUGAAUCAAGAAAUUUGGGAGAGCAUACUGGACCUGGCUGCUUACUUAUCUCAGAUUGAAGAGAUUCUCAUGACAGUCGACGAGAAAUAG